AUGGACAUUGAAAGUUGGGAUUGGAGUAAUUACCCAUAUGUUCUGGCCUUUCUAUUUGCCAUUGAGGAGAUCAACAAGGACAUCCAGCUGCUUCCUAACCUGACGCUAGGUUUUAAUAUCUACAAUGCCCUCAACAUUGAUCAAAAAACCUUAGAGAACAUAUUACUCUGGAUCUCUGGAGGGAAUCAGGCUGUUCCUAACUAUGAUUGCCAGAAACAGAAGAAAUCAGUUGCCAUUAUUGCAGGAACCAGGCCAGAAUUUUUAGCAGAUAUUGGAUCACUUCUGGAACUCUACAGAAUCCCUCAGGUCACCUAUGGACCAUUUGACCCUUUACUGAGUGACAAAGAGCAGUUCCCAUCACUGUACCAAAUGGCUACUGAGGACAAGUUCCUGGUCCAUGGAGUGAUCCACUUAUUACAGCAUUUUGACUGGACCUUGGUGGGGUUCUUUGGCACAGCAGGCAUUAAAGGGGAACAAUUUCUCAAAGAGCUGAAAGCACAAAUGGAGAAGAAAGAUCUCUGUGUAGUCGAUGAAAUACUGCUAUCUAAUGACUGGAUAAGAAAGGCAAUGUUGGUAAAGAUGCCAACUGGUUGUCAACACAUUUCAAAAGUAAAUGUCUCCAUAGUGUAUGGCGAUGCUGACAUUUUUAUCUGGAUGCACAUUUUUAUGACAGCCUGUGUGCUUUCGAGCAGGGUGUGGAUUUGGGCGAUGGAGUCAUAUGUUGACUUGAACAAGAUGAACAUAAGGAGCCAUUUCCAUGGAAGUCUCUCAUUUUCACCCCAGAAGAGAGAAAUACCUGGGUUUGAACAUUUUGUGAAGACGUUUAACCCUUCCAAGUACCCAGAAGAUGUUUAUACCAUUAAAUUUUGGCUUGACACAUUUAAUUGUUCAUUUGUUGGCUCAGUGUGUGGCAAACUGGAAGACUGCCCCCUAAAUUCAACAUUAGAGUUUAUGUCAGGGGAUACUAGCCUGAUGACCAUGUCUGAACCCAGCUAUAUUAUCUAUAAUGCUGUGUAUGCUGUGGUCAGAGCCCUCCAUGACUUGCUCCUGGCAAAAACAGAAACAGAAUCAACAAGCAAUGCAAACCAGCCAGCAUUUUUCUCCUGGAAGCUCCACCCAUUUCUGAAAAAUAUCCAAUUCAUUAAUAGCAUUGGGGACCACAUAUUACUCGAUGGUCAAAGAACUAGUAGUCAACAGUUCGAUGUCCUGACCACUGUGGCCGUCCCUGCUGCCCAUGGCUUCACGAGUAAAGUAGGAGAAUUCGUGGCCAAUGGCCCAAAUAACCAGCACUUGAUCAUCAAUGAAGAGAUCCUAGAAUGGCCGAGUGAUUUGACAAAGCCCCCACAAUCAGUGUGUACAAAGAGGUGUGGUCCCGGAUUCAAGAAAGUUACAAAUGAAACUCACACCUGCUGCUUUAAAUGUGCUGUUUGUCCCAAGGGGGAGAUUUCAAAUAAAACAGAUGCAGAGCAGUGUAUCCAGUGCUCUGAGCAAGAAUAUUCAAACCAAGAGAGAAACUUCUGCCUCCCCAAGUUGGUGACAUAUUUGGCCUUUGAAGAUCCUUUUGGAAUGGCUCUGGCCUGCACAGCUUUGUGCUUCUCUGUGCUCACAGCUGGGGUUUUGUGGGUCUUUGUGAAGCACCAAGAAACCCCCAUAGUCAAGGCCAAUAACAGGACUCUCAGCUACAUCCUGCUCAUCUCCCUCCUCCUCUGCUUCCUCUGCUCCUUUCUCUUCAUUGGGCGUCCACACCCAGUCACCUGCAUCCUCCAGCAAAUCACAUUUGGACUUGUGUUUACUGUGGCUCUUUCCACUGUGUUGGCAAAAACCAUGGUUGUGCUAUUGGCAUUCAAAUCCAUGAAGCCGGGAAGAACCAUGAGGUGGCUGUUGGCAUCAGGGGUUUCUAACUAUGUCAUUCCCAGCUGCACUCUUGUCCAAGUGGUUAUCUGUGGCAUAUGGCUGGGACUGUCUCCCCCUUUCAUUGAUGUAGACACACGCUCUGAGCCCAGGCACCUGCUCAUCGUGUGUGACAAGGGCUCAGUCACCGCCUUCUACUGUGUUCUGGGCUACCUGGGCUCCUUGGCCCUGGUCAGCUUUUCCUUGUCCUACCUUGUCCGCAACCUGCCUGAUGCCUUCAAUGAAGCCAAGUUCUUGACCUUCAGCAUGCUGGUGUUCUGCAGUGUCUGGGUCACCUUUCUGCCUGUCUACCAUGGUGCCCAGGGCAAGCUCAUGGUGGCCUUGGAGAUCUUCUCCAUCUUGGCUUCCAGUGCUGGUCUCCUAGUGUGCAUCUUUGCUCCCAAGUGUUACAUUAUUCUGAUCAGACCUGAUAAGAAUUCUUUGAAAAGUCUAAGAAAUAAAAUGGACCCCAGGAGAAAUGCACAUUUUUAG